UCCAGACCCCUCAUCAUUUUUGUUGCCCUUUUCUGAACCUUUUCUGGUUCCAAUCUAUCUUUUUUUGAGAUGGGGCGACCACAUCUGUACGCAGUGUUCUAGAUGUGGGUGGGCCAUGGAUUUAUAUAGAGGCAAUAGGAUAUUUUCGGUUUUAUUCUCUAUCCCUUUCCUAAUGACUCACCAUUCUGUGCGAUUUUUUGGCUGCCGCUGUUUUCAGAGAACUCUCCACCAUGACUCCAAGGUCUUUUUCUUGAGUGGCAGAAGCUAAUUUAGAGCCCAUCAUUCUCUAUCUCCCCACAGGGAUGUGUUCUGGGCCCGGUGUCAUUUAACAGCCGUAGGGAUAGAGAGCAGACUGAUCCAAUCUGCAGAUGACACAAAGCGAGGGGGGAUUUGCAAACCCUUGGGAGGACAGAAUUAAAAGUCAAAGGGAUCUUGAUAAAUUGUAGGACUGGGCUGUAGCCAGCAACAUGAAAUUCAACAAGGUGCCCCACUUAGGGGACUAAUUUAAUAAUGGGCUCUUCAAUCUGGCAGACAAAGGUCUAAGUGACAACAGGACAAGUGCAGAGUCCUGCACUUAGGACGGAAGAAUCCCAGGCACCACUACAGACUAGGGACCGAAUGGCUCGGCAGCAGUUCUGCAGAAAAGGACCUGGGGGUUACAGUGGACGAGAAGCUGGAUAUGAGUCAGCAGUGUGCCCUUGUUGCCAAGAAGGCCAAUGACAUUUUGGGCUGUAUAAGUAGGGGCAUUGCCGGCAGAUCGAGGGACGUGAUCGUUCCCCUCUAUUCGACAUUGGUGAGGCCUCAUCUGGAGUCCUGUGUCCAGUUUUGGGCCCCCCACUACAAGAAGGAUGUGGACAAAUUAGAAAAAGUCCAGCGGAGGGCAACAAAAAUGAUCAGGGAGGCUGGGGCACAUGACUUACGAGGAGAGGCUGAGGGAACUGGGGUUAUUUAGUCUGCAGAAGAGAAGAGUGCGGGGGGAUUUGAUCGCAGCCUUCAGCUCCCUGAAGGGGGGCUCCAAAGAGGAUGGAGCUCGGCUGUUCUCAGUGGUGGCAGAUGACAGAACGAGGAGUAAUGGUCUCAAGUUGCAGUGGGGGAGGUCUAGGCUGGAUAUUAGGAAACACUAUUUCACUAGCAGGGUGGUGAAGCCCUGGAAUGGGCUCCCUAGGGAGGUGGGGGAAUCUCCAUCCUUAGAGGUUUUUAAGGCCCGACUCGACAAUGCCCUGGCUGGGAGGAUUUAGUUGGGGUUGGUCCUGCUCUGAGCAGGGGGUUGGACUACAUCAGGGGUAGGCAACCUAUGGCACGCGAGCCAAAGGCAGCACGCGAGCCGAUUUUCAGGGCACUCACACUGCCCGGGUCCUGGCCACCGGUCCCGGGGGCUCUGCUGCUGGCCUGGGGUACUGGCCGCCGGCCCCCUGCCAGCCGGGGUUCCAUCCGCCGGCCCUGCUCAGCCCGCUGCUGGCUCUGGGUCCUGGUCACCGGUCUGGGGGGCUCUGCUGCCAGACUGGGGUCCCGGCCGCUGGCCCAGGGCUCUGCAGCCGCCCCCAGCUGUGGCCCACUGGCCCCAGCCUGGGGCAGUGCAGGGUGCAGACAGGGGCAAGAGGGGGCGCAGCUCAGCACCCCUACUUUAAAAACUGUUCCAGCACCAGUGUGCUGGGAUAUUUUUAGGUCCUGAUUCGCUGCUGACGUCACUCUCACGCCACGCGGACCCGCGCGCUGCCUUGGACGUUGAGACUGGAAUGUACGUGCAAGAACCGGAAUCAGGAUUUUCUGACAGAUCUCAAGAUUUCCAGCGAUUUGGCCCAAGGCUUUCUUUUCUAAUUCAACCUGAAAAGUUCAACGAAAGGGACUUGGAUUUGUCAGUAUUUCAGUGGAUGGGGGUUGAAGAUUUCGAAAUGCAGCUCGUUCAGUUAAAAAGCUCAGAAUUGUGGGCAUCAAAGUUUGGAGAUCUGCAGAGUGCACUUGAAGCUACCGAGAGAGAUCACGGGGCCUCUGGUCUGACCUGCUGGACGUCCCUGCCUGUGAAAUUUAACAGUUUGAAGAAAAUUGCGUUUGCAAUGCUUUCAGCAUUUGGAUCCACAUACCUGUGUGAACAGGUAUUUUCACACAUGAAAUCUGUCCUCUGUCCCUCUCGGAGCCAGUUAACAACUGAUCACUCAGAAGUGUGUGCAGCUUAAAGUAUCCAAAUACCUGCCAGACAGUGGAAAACUCGGCAAGGAAAAGCAAGGGCAAGGAUCACACUAAACUGAUAAGAUCUGCAUUUUAAUUUAAUUUUAAAUGAAGCUUCUUAAACAUUUUAAAAACCUUAUUUACUUGACAUACAACAAUAGUUUAGUUCUGUAUUAUAGACUUAUAGAAAGAGACCUUCUAAAAACGUUAAAAUGUAUCCCCGGCACGCGAAACCUUAAAUUGGAGUGAAUAAAUGAAGACUCGACGCACCACUUCUGAAAGGUUGCCGACCCCUGGACCAGAUACCUCCUGAGGUCCCUUCCAACCCUGAUCUUCUGUGAUUCUAAGUUGAAGCUAGUCAAAUUCAGCCUGGAAAGAAGGUGUCGUUUUUCUAGCAGAGCAAUUACCCGUCGGGACACUUUCCCAAAGGUGCCGCCCCGACGGUGCCGUUGGCCUGUUCCUGGAGCGCCCCCUCAGCUCCCCUCGGUCUGCAGUCCGACUGCCCCCCGACCCCAGCCCUGCGGGGAUGGGGGUCCUGGGGCUGGUGACCCUGCUGGCUUGCCUGAGCACGGAGGGCCGGGGGAAGAUCUUCACCCGCUGCGAGCUGGCGCAAGAGCUGCAGGAGAACGGGAUGGACGGAUACGAGGGCUACAGCUUGGCCAACUGGGUCUGCCUGGCGUUCUACGAGAGCGGCUUCGACACGGCGGCCGUGGGGGCCAAUGCGGACGGCAGCACCGACUACGGCAUCUUCCAGAUCAACAGCGGCUGGUGGUGCCAGGACGCCCAGAGCCCGUCGGAGAACCUGUGCCACGUGCGCUGCCAGGAUUUACUGAACCCCGACAUCAAGGACGACAUCAACUGUGUGAAGAGAGUGGUGCAGGAUCCUCAGGGCAUGGAGGCUUGGGACGACUGGAAGAACCACUGUGAAAAGCAGGACCUGACCGAGUGGAUUGAGAGUUGUAAUCUGUGAGGCCUGAGCGUGUCUCCCCCUUGGGGGGGGGGGGGCGGUGUCUGUCCACACUGUGUCUGUCUGUUUGUUCACACGAAUGCUCCCUGCACUGAGCAAUCUCGAAGGAAUUUAUA